ACAUCUGUGAAUCUUCCCAGAUCCUUAGAGAACCGCAGCAGUUCCCGUAAGUGGGCGGAUCGAGACCGUAUUGUCGGGAACCAGGCUCCGUUCGCACUUUCUUUGGGUCCUCAUACAUAUGCAACAACAACAAAGUCCCACACGUUCUACUUCUUCUUUCUUAGCUCGUCCAGAUAUCAAUUCUCCAAGAAUUUAGUAUGUUGACUAUACCGUCGCUGGAACCUCUGGAUAAUGUCAAAGCUGCCUUCGAACGUGGACGAAGACGAGGAUGGAAUGGAUAUCGAUUCAAACCUGCAGCUAGAACGAUCCCAACAAAUUGCUUCCCGAACCUUAGCUGCAGCUACUGCCCUUGCAAAGGUAUUACGGGAUGCUCCAGAAUGGCUUUCUGACAUUCGUCGCCUACAACCCCAGGACGUGAUAAUUCUUCUAACACCUGUGGUAUUCCCUGUUUCUCAAGAGCCUACAGACUCAAGUGAUCCUUUCGAACCCCUAGGACGUUAUCUAUCGAGGAGACAUGCAAAAAUCCGCCAUGUUCCAUACACCAAGAGGCAUGGAAUCACAUCGACCCAUCUCGGAUUCAUUAAAAGGGGCCAUGCUAUCAUUCUUUGCCUGGCUGAGCAGCCUCUACAACUCGAAUUGGUCGAUAUAGUCUUGGCUAUCCGUGGUGACAAGCCCGUCGUUGUGGUAUGCUGCAGUCCACUAGAUACCAAACAAGCACUUCCCUUCCCAACUGUGAUCGAUACAGCUGGGUAUUCACGACCCGCCCUAGAAGCUACAGCGGAGUUGAUAUUUGCAGAGCGAUCUCUGCCGACUGCGCAUAGUCUGCCAGACUCGUCGAACGAAUCCACCGUGCAACCAAAGGUCUGGCCAGUGGAAGACUUUGUCGAGCAACGGGACAUUGCUAGUGUUGCGACUUUAUGGUUAGCAUGCCUCGGAGAACGGUUCGCUCUUGACCAGCAAACGCUUGCAAACGUGCUGCGCAAGCCGGGAUAUUCAAAGCAUUAUGUCGUUAGAAAUCCAUCCACUGGAGAAACACUGGGGUUCUGCGCAACAUAUCUCUCAUACGUGGAUCGAGAAGGAGAGAAGCUUGUAGCAUCUUUGGCUAUACUUGUUGUCCACCCCCAAACACGCUUUCGAGGCAUUGGCCUGAGUCUUCAUAAUCACGCAAUCAACUCGCUCAAAAGAACACGAGGUAUUAUACGUUUACAGCUUGGGAGCACUUUUCCUCGACUUCUUUAUGGGCCACCAUCCGAUGACCAAUCGAGUGAUGAGUGGUUCCGUCGCAGAGGGUGGCAAUUUGAUAAAGGUGCUCCGGGCCAGGGACAAGUCGUGCACGAUUUUCUUCUCGAAUUCAAAGACUGGCACUACCGUCCCGGCUCCUCCUCCACCACAGAGUAUCGAGUUUGCACGCAAGAUGACAUGACAAAGGUCAUCGACUUGGUUGAAAGAACAUCCGCACUUGACGACAGAUUAGGAUGGUUUGACCAAUAUUGGACACUCAUUAAUGGUCCAAACGUUAAAGAUAUCGUUGUUGCAGUCGAAGAGCAAGAUAUCGUUGGGACAGCCUUGACUUACAGUCCAGGUGGCAGUCAGAUGUCCAACAAUAUUCCUUGGCCAUGUCGGAUUGGAAACGAUGUUGGAGGAGUAACAUGCGUGUCUAUGUUCCCCGACAAGAGGCACAUCAUAAUGAGUGGUCUUAUAAACACCUGUGUGGAGACUCUGCGAACGCAGGGUAUGAAGAGGCUGUUUUUAGAUGGAGUGACUGAUCACUCUCAAUUCUUCACGAACCUAGGCUUUAAAGAGUGGGCCCGAUAUAGAGACGUGUGGAAGAGCGUCUGAGUUUUGGAAAAUCUCUUCACCAGCUCCUGACUGGCAACGUAUCAAAACAUUCCCUGGUAACGAUCUAAGCAAACCAAAGUUACCCGAGUCCAAGCGCUGCCUCCUGCACGACAUAUUUAUGCCAUUUUAAUUUAUAAGUGGUCCACUUGCAUUCUGGCAAUACCCUCGUGUUACUCGAGCACGCUACGCGAUAGGUUACCUCCACGCCGGUUCCCCGCACUCUGCCACUGCCACGUUGAUUGCAUUGCAGCACGUUUUUAGCACGGCGCCUAUAUCGGCAAGAUAAGAUGGACUGUCUUUACCUUAGGUUACAGAUCCGCAAUGACCCGGAACCCUCAAUGUGUCGGUCCAGGUAG